AUGCUGAUGUCAAUCAGAAUGGCUCCUCCUCUUUCUCUGAUCUUUCUGAUCUUGAUUCACGGGGUUUCUAGUGCUGAAUGGGGUGUGAGUUACAUACAUCCACACAUCUGUGCACUAAAGCACUCAGCAGUGAUAAUGAGCUGCACUUAUACAUACCCUGCUGGAUAUGAGAUCAGGAAAGUGUUCUGGACUAAAAACCAUGUAAAGGUUGGUAAAGAGUAUCCAGAUCUGUCUGAGGAUCCUGAAUACAGUCAGAGGCUUCAGUAUUUGGGAGAUGAACAGAAGAACUGCACCAUCAGACUGAGUCACGUGACACAGAAGGAUUCACACAUGUACUGUUUCAGAUUCACAACUAAUGUAACAGAUGGAAAAUGGAAAGGUUAUCCAGGAGUGACUCUUACUGUCACAGAUCUUCAGGUGGAGUCUCCUGAGACACUGAAAGAGGGAGAUUCAGUCCGUAUAACAUGUAAAAGCAGCUGCGCUCUGACUGACAGAGCAACAUUCAUCUGGUACAGAAACUCACAGCCAUUAACUGAGAGAAGAGACAGAAACAAUCAACUCCUGCUGCAGUCAGUCAGAAGAGAGGAUGCAGGCAGAUACAGCUGUGGUGUACAGGGACACACUUACAUCUCUCCUGCUGUUCAGCUCAGUGUCACCUAUCCACCAAAGAGUGUCUCAGUGUCCUUCAGUCCGUCUGGUGUAAUAGUGGAGGGAAAUUCAGUGACUCUGAUCUGCAGCAGUGAUUCAAACCCUCCUGCAGAAAUCAGCUGGUUUAAAGGAGGAACGUUUGUAGGAUCUGGAAGAAUAUACAGAAUCUUAAACAUCAGCUCUAAUCACAGUGGAGAAUACAAGUGCAAAUCCAGAAAUAAACAUGGAGAUAAAUACUCUGAAACUGUGACUUUAAAUGUCAUGUAUCCUCCCAGGAAUGUUUCAGUGUUCAUAAAUGGAUCUGCUGAAAUAGUGGAAGGAGAUUCAGUGACUCUGAUCUGCAGCAGUGAUUCAAACCCUCCUGCUCUGAACUUCAGCUGGUUUCAGGAGAGUCAAAGCUCCUCUGUUGGAUCUGGACAGAGUUUCAGUGCACUACAGAGUGGACGCUUCUUCUGUGAGGCUCACAAUCAACACGGAUCUCAGAGAUCAGAUGCUGUUACUGUCACUGUUAAAGAUCCUCCAAAGUGUGUCUCAGUGUCCAUCAGUCCAUCUGGUGAAAUAGUGGAGGGAGAUUCAGUGACUCUGAUCUGCAGCAGUGAUUCAAACCCUCCUGCAGAAAUCAGCUGGUUUAAAGGAAGAACAUUUGUAGGAUCUGGAAAAAUCUACAGCAUCUUAAAGAUCAGCUCUGAUCACAGUGGAGAAUACAAGUGCAAGUCCAGUAAUGAACAUGGAGAGAAACACUCUGAUGCUGUGACUUUAAACGUCAUGUAUGCUCCAAAGAGUGUCUCAGUGUCCAUCAUUCAGUUUGGUCAGAUUUUGGAAGGAGAUUCAGUCACUCUGAUCUGCAGCAGUGAUUCAAACCCUCCUGCUCUGAACUUCAGCUGGUUUAAGGAGAAUCAAAUCUCCUCUGUUGGAUCUGGACAUAGUUUCAGUGCACUACAGAGUGGACACUUCUACUGUGAAGCUCACAAUCAACACGGAUCUCAGAGAUCAGAUGCUGUUACUGUCACAGGUGAAGAGAGCCCGAGCAGUGUUCGACGAGAGCUGCGGCUCGCAACGUCUUACCGGCGAGCCCUCCGUGCCGCUUAUGAGAGGAGCACGGUGCCAGAUAUCAAGAAAUGA